ACCAGCCCAGCAGGAAGCAGCAGGGCCACCCUCCUCCUCCUCCUCCUCCUCCUCCUCCUCCUCUGAAGCCUCUCAGUCGCAGGCUGUGGUACCUGCUCCAAGCCACUGUUUGAUUAACGAACCGAUGAGCAUCAGAGGAAAGAACAAACUGUUGGUGAAAUACCUGCACUGACUUGAAAGGACUCCACUAUGGGAGAACUCCUUGGCUACUAAAACUACCAUCCUGGGCCGUGUCUGCCCGAGUUGUGCACCUGUGGACUGAAGUUCAGUGUGGUUUGGAUUGAUCAGGUUCAUCACAUAAGGCAGAGUCAACCAUGACGCACAUGGUUUUGGAAGUGAAGGAGAGCCUGGAGGAGCGCUGUAACCAGAUCCUGAGGAACAUGGAGGCCUCCCUGACAGCCAGGGAUCGCGUGGGCAUCCAGGAUUUUGUUCUCUUGGACCCCCACACGAGUGAAAGUGCCUUCCUGGACAACCUGAGGAAACGCUUCCAUGAGAAUCUCAUUUAUACCUACAUUGGGACUCUCCUGGUGUCAGUUAACCCCUAUAAAGAGUUAGAUAUCUACAGCAAGAAGCAAAUGGAUACCUACAUGGGAGUAAACUUCUUUGAGCUGCCACCUCAUAUCUAUGCACUGGCAGACAAUGUCUUCCGCACCAUGCAGUCUGAAUUCAACAACCACUUCAUCUUGAUCUCAGGGGAGAGUGGGGCCGGAAAGACAGAGGCCUCAAAGAAAAUCCUUCAAUUCUAUGCUGUCAGCUGCCCAAGUACCAAACUCCUGAACAAUGUUCGGGACAGACUGCUUCUGUCCAAUCCAGUGCUUGAGGCUUUCGGAAAUGCCAAAACCCUGAAGAAUGACAACUCAAGCCGCUUUGGGAAAUACAUGGACAUCCAGUUCGACCACCAGGGUGGUGCAGUUGGUGGUCACAUCCUCAGUUACCUGCUGGAGAAAUCCCGUGUGGUUCACCAGAAUCACGGUGAGAGGAACUUCCACAUCUUCUAUCAGCUGGUGGAAGGAGGAGAGGAAGAUCUGCUCCGCUGGCUCGGCCUGGAGAGAAACUGCAAGAACUACCGUUAUCUGGUGCAGGGGGAUUGUGCCAAAGUUAGCUCUAUCAAUGAUAAAAGCGAUUGGAAGACGGUGCGGAAAGCCCUCUCUGUCAUAGAGUUCAGUGAGAGUGAUACUGAGCACCUGUUUGGAAUUAUUGCGAGUGUACUCCACUUGGGAAAUAUCAAGUUUGAUGUGGAUGCUCGAGGAUACGCCACACUCAACAAUAACCAGGAGAUGCACUGGGUCUCAAAGUUGUUGGGGAUUCCUAAUCAGGUGCUACAACAGGGCUUAACCCACAGAAAGAUUGAAGCCAAAACAGAGGAGGUGUUCAGUCCCUUCUCUGUGGACCAUGCAGUAUAUGCCAGAGAUGCCCUUGCCAAAGCCAUCUAUGGCCGCACGUUCAACUGGCUGGUCAACAAGAUCAAUGAAUCAUUAGCUAACAAGGAUUCCUCAAGAAAGACGGUGAUUGGUCUGCUGGACAUCUAUGGGUUUGAGGUUUUCAGCGUGAACAGCUUUGAACAGUUUUGCAUCAACUACUGCAACGAGAAGCUGCAGCAGCUUUUCAUCGAGCUGACCCUCAAAUCAGAGCAGGAGGAGUACGAGAUGGAAGGGAUUGAGUGGGAACCAGUGCCAUAUUUCAACAACAAGAUAAUCUGCGAUCUUGUGGAGGAGAAAUUCAGAGGAAUCAUCUCUUUAUUGGAUGAAGAAUGUUUACGCCCUGGAGAGGCCACAGAUAUCACCUUCUUGGAAAAGAUGGAGGAAAAGAUUGGCGGUCACCCUCAUUUUGUCACGCAUAAACUUGGAGACCAAAAGACGAGGAAAACACUGGAUAGAGGAGACUUCCGCCUCUUGCACUAUGCUGGGGAGGUUACAUACUGUGUUGUUGGAUUCUUGGACAAAAACAACGAUCUCUUGUAUCGAAAUGGGAAAGAGGUAAUGCGACAGUCCAAGAAUGCCAUCAUCAAACACUGUUUUCCUUCUACUGAGCCAGACAGCAAGAGAAGACCUGAAACUGUGGUCACUCAGUUCAAGAGCAGCCUGGUGGGCUUGACUGAGAUCCUGAUGUCCAAGGAGCCCUGGUACGUCCGCUGCAUUAAGCCUAAUGAAGCCAAGCAGCCAGGACACUUUAACGAUGUGUUGGUGAGACAUCAGGUGAAGUAUCUGGGCCUGAUGGAGCACCUGAGGGUCAGGCGUGCUGGGUUUGCUUACCGCCGGAAAUAUGAGAUCUUCCUUCAGAGGUAUAAGCCUCUGUGCCCUGAUACCUGGCCCAACUGGAAAGGAACUGCAGCAGAAGGUGUGCAGCUCCUGAUCAAACACCUGGGCUAUAAACCUGAUGAAUACAAGAUGGGCAGGACUAAAAUUUUCAUCCGCCACCCUCGAACUCUGUUUGCAACAGAAGAUGCCUUUCAGGUCUGCAAACAUAAGCUAGCAACAAGGAUUCAAGCCAAGUACAAAGGCUUCAGGGUGAAAGAAGACUACCUGAAACAGAGAGAGGCUGCCACUAAGAUUGAGAACUGCUGGAGAGGUUUGAUGGCCAGGAAAGAACGUGAGAAGAGAGCUUGGGCUGUGAAAGUCAUCAAGAAGUUCAUUAAAGGGUUCAUGACCAGAAAUGAACCAGCCUGUAUUGACAACAGUGAGUACCUGGCCUAUGUGAGGCAGAACUACCUCACACGACUGAAGGAAAAUCUUCCCAAAACAGUCCUGCAAAAAGACUCUUGGCUCACUCCUCCUCCUAUAAUGCAGGAGGUCGCCCAGCUCUUGAAGAAAAUCUACAUUCGGCACAUGGUACGGAAGUACGUCAGAGGAAUCACUCCCCAAAGGAAAGCACAGCUUUUGUUAAAAGUACAAACAAGCUCCAUGUUCAAAGGAAAAAAAGAAAACUACCCCUUCAGUGUGUGCAGACCAUUCAUGGACACCAGGAUCUGUAGAGAAGACAUAAGCAUCAAAGUCCUCCAACUGAUUCAACAUGAGCACAUCAAGUACAGUGUGCCGGUGGUGAAGUAUGACAGGAACGGCUUCAGGCCUCGUCUCCGGCAGCUCAUCUUCACCCAACAAGCUGCCUACCUGGUUGAAGAGGCCAAGAUUAAGCAGCGGAUAGAUUACAGCUCUCUGAGAGGUGUGUCGGUCAGCAACUUGAGUGACAACUUCCUGAUCCUCCAUGUUACAUGUGAUGAUAUCAACAAAAAGGGGGAUCUGGUUCUGCAGUGUGACUACCUGUUUGAAGCCUUGACGAAGCUGAGCAUUAUUGUUAACAACCAGAACUGCAUCAAAGUGGUCCAGGGCAGUGUGCGGUUUGACAUCCAGCCAGGCAGAGAGGGCUUUGUUGACUUCAAAAGUGGUCAGGAGUCAAUGGUCUACAGGGCAAAGAAUGGCCACUUGAUGGUGGAAUCAACAAGAACCAAAUCGAGAUGAAGAUGCCAGUACCUUGGGAUAAUGGUGCUUCUUGAACUCCUACAGUUGCAAAUCUUGAAUCUAGCUCUGUGGCUGUUUCCAAUAACUUCUACUUUAUGUCAGCUGAUUUUUACUUUUGAAUCUUUAUGACAAUUUUACUCAAUUAAGUAUAUGCUAUUAUUACACAAGUACUGCCAAUAUUUUAGUUAAAGCAAGUGCAAAGCAUACUCAUCGCAGAGUGAAGCCAGAAUAUCAGCAGCCCUGCUUGUUCUUAAUAUUUAGAGCUGAAUGUAUCUGUAUGUGAAAAGCACAUAUUCAUGGAUCAUAAUUUAUAUAAGCUGAAGCCCAUGUAAUCAGUCCUAUCUAGAUGAUCACAGUAAAGACAUUUGUGUGAAGCCAUGACUAACAAUUAUAAUGCCUCAACCGUGCUGUACUUUAUAUUAAAAUACUAAACCACAAUA